AUGAAGUUCAUCACUUGCUUCUCCCUCUUCGCCACUGCGAUACUUGCAGCUCCUGCUUCUGCUCCCGCUCCCGCUGCCGUCUUCGACCCCCAUACCAUGGACCCCAAAGCCCUAGCCGCUCUCAAGACGUGCGGCGGUGGCACGGGGUAUUGCAGCAGUGGACAAUGCUAUUGCUCCAACUACUGCGAAACUGGAUAUUGCCCUUGGACUCCUUGCGGGAAGUGCUAG